AUGAACCAAAGUGUCCGAUCAACGCCGUGGAGACGGGCACCUCGUGUUGCGGCCAAACAGUGCCAUCUUCGAGUGGCAGGCGCUAACCGCCCUUUUAGCAAAGAGUGUGGUUGGGUUGAAGCGAGGGAGCCUGAUUGGCGAAAGGACCUCGGACCGAGUCUCGCAACGAGUUCGGUCUGGUUUGGUCGUCGGCCAAUCACGGACAGGUUGGCGUUCGUCUCGCCUACUCCAUCACCCGAGUCGACCCAUCCUCUUUUACACACAAUCUCGGCGCUAGUCUCGACCUCGACUUCGACCUCGGCUCGAGGGAGAGGUGCAUCUCGACGCCCGUCGGUACCGAGGCGUGAGCAGGCCUCUCGGUGUCUGUGGAUCGGCCAACCAGCUGGUGAAAAAUGA